GAUCCACGCGAUAAUACACUUCGAAAUUAAUAAAUAAUUCAUAUUAAUGAGGGUGAGUUUGGAAAGUGUCGAUAGCUCGUUCAAAAUAAAAACAAAUCAAAACAAAUUUAACUGGAGACAUUAAAAAUGAACAAUUAAAACUUUACAUACCUUUACGGGGGAAAAUAAAAAUCGUAAAAACAUAAUUGACUAAAUAUACAAUUGAACUAAUUUUCUAAAAAUAUAAUAAAAUAAUAUUUUAUCGAAAAUUGUUUUGAAGAAUCUUAAAAGAUGCGGAAAGUAGUGUUUCUACAAACCAUUUUGAUUGUUUCGGUCGUGAGUGGCGGUCCAGCGUGGAAAGAAGUACAAAGAGGCAGUGGAUUGAAAAUAGGUACAACAGGCGGCAAAAAUUCCUCAGCUGUCAGAGGAAACGGUAUCAAGUUAGGAGGCAGUACCAGAGGAAUGCGAUCCACGACCACGUCUAUCCCCGAAGAAGAUCACAUUUUUGCUCCCACCGUACCCAGUAUAAAAACUGGAAUUACACAUCUUCAUGUUGGAAUUAUGGUGCCGUAUAAAUCGUUUGGAGCUCGGGAGUAUAAUAAAGCCGCUAGUAGUGCUACCAGUUAUGUUCAACGGAAGCUCAAGUUUUUUAAGAACCACGAUAUACAGGUGCAUUUGGAAAUGAAAGAAAUGACGCCCAGCCCCACAGCCAUUCUCAAAUCUCUCUGCAAAGAAUUCCUCUCCUACAACGUCUCCGCUAUCCUUUACUUGAUGAACUAUGAGCAGUAUGGAAGGAGUACUGCUUCAGCUCAAUACUUUUUGCAAUUAGCCGGUUAUCUUGGAAUACCAGUGAUCGCUUGGAAUGCUGAUAACUCUGGUUUAGAACGUAGAGCGUCUCAACAGUCUUCUUUGAUGUUACAAUUGGCACCAUCGUUGGAACAUCAAACAGCUGCUAUGCUGAGUAUUCUAGAAAGGUACAAAUGGCACCAAUUUUCAGUCGUAACAAGUUUAAUAGCUGGACAUGACGAUUUUAUCCAAGCCGUAAGAGAAAGAGUUUCUGCAAUGCAAGAUCGUUUCAAGUUUACAAUUCUUAACGCGGUGCUGGUAGCGAACCGAGGUGAUUUAGCAGCUCUUGUAGACUCCGAAGCGCGUGUUAUGCUAUUGUACUGUACAAGGGAAGAAGCCAUCGAUAUUCUAACGGCUGCCCGUGAUUUGCAUCUUACAGGAGAGAAUUAUGUCUGGGUGGUUACACAAAGUGUCGUGGAAAAUCCCUUACAGACGCCAUAUCAGUUUCCAGUUGGAAUGUUAGGAGUUCACUUCGAUACUUCCAGCGCUUCUUUGGUAAAUGAAAUAAUGACUGCCGUUAAAGUAUAUGCCUAUGGGGUAGAGGAUUUCACUUCAGACUCUGAAAACGACGGAAGAUCUUUAAACACGCAACUCUCUUGUGACGGUGCUGGAGCUGCCAGGUGGGAUACAGGCGACCGCUUCUUCAGGUAUUUAAAAAACGUCAGUGUUGAAGGUGAACAAGGAAAACCAAAUUUGGAGUUCACGCAAGAUGGUGUUUUGAGAUCUGCCGAGUUGAAAAUAAUGAAUUUACGUCCAGGAAUUAGCAAGCAACUAGUUUGGGAAGAAAUCGGUGUAUGGAAAUCGUGGCAGAAACAAGGGCUCGAUAUAAAGGACAUCGUUUGGCCUGGAAACAGCCAUACACCACCCCAGGGAGUACCCGAAAAGUUCCAUUUGAAAAUAACUUUUUUAGAGGAACCGCCAUAUAUUAACUUGGCCCCGCCGGACCCCAUCACCGGUAAAUGUUUGAUGGACAGAGGUGUUCAUUGUAGAGUAGCCACAGACUCGGAUAUUUCAGAGCUAGAUAUGACUCAGGCUCACAAAAACGGUAGCUAUUAUCAAUGUUGUUCGGGAUUCUGCAUCGAUUUAUUGCAAAAAUUCAGCGAAGAACUUGGUUUUACUUACGAAUUGGUUAGAGUAGAAGAUGGGAAAUGGGGUACAAAUGAUAAUGGGAAAUGGAACGGUCUGAUAGCUGAUCUUGUCAAUCGAAAAACCGAUAUGGUUUUGACAUCAUUGAUGAUUAAUGCGGAAAGGGAAGCAGUGGUGGAUUUUAGCGUUCCCUUUAUGGAAACCGGCAUUGCAAUCAUCGUCGCUAAACGUACUGGAAUUAUUUCGCCCACGGCAUUCCUGGAGCCGUUUGACACAGCGUCCUGGAUGUUGGUUGGAAUCGUUGCCAUACAAGCAGCGACGUUUACAAUAUUUCUCUUUGAGUGGUUGUCGCCAAGCGGUUUCAACAUGAAAAUUUCCUUUAACCAGAGUCCCUCGGCAUCACAUCGCUUCUCUCUCUUCAGAACUUACUGGUUAGUUUGGGCCGUUUUGUUUCAAGCUGCCGUGCAUGUCGACUCGCCUCGGGGAUUCACCGCCAGAUUUAUGACUAAUGUUUGGGCGAUGUUCGCCGUUGUGUUCCUCGCAAUAUACACUGCCAAUCUUGCCGCCUUCAUGAUAACCAGAGAGGAAUAUUAUGAUUUUACAGGUAUCGACGACAACCGCUUGAAGAGACCUACCUCUCACAAACCAAUGAUAAAGUUUGGUACCAUUCCCUGGUCACAUUCGGAUUCUACCAUAUCAAAAUACUUCAAAGAAAUGCAUGCAUACAUCCAGCCUUAUCAGAGAUCGAAUGUUAUUCAGGGAGUUGCCGAUGUACUUACUAGCGAAGUAGAUGCUUUUAUAUAUGACGGCACUGUUCUGGAUUAUUUGGCGGCGCAAGACGAAGACUGUAGAUUGUUAACUGUUGGAUCGUGGUACGCUAUGACUGGUUAUGGAUUAGCCUUUCCUAGGAAUUCUAAAUAUUUGAAAAUGUUCAACAAAAGAUUACUGGACUUUCGGGAAAACGGCGAUUUGGAACGCUUACGUCGUUAUUGGAUGACUGGAGCGUGUAAACCUGGAAAACAAGAACAUAAAAGUUCCGAUCCCUUAGCUAUGGAACAGUUUUUAUCAGCUUUUCUAUUAUUGAUGGCUGGAAUAUUAUUAGCAGCCUUAUUACUUUUAUUGGAGCAUCUUUAUUUCAAAUACGUAAGGAAACACUUGGCGAAAACUGAUCGUGGGGGAUGCUGCGCGUUAAUUAGUCUUUCAAUGGGAAAAAGCCUUACGUUUAGAGGUGCCGUUUAUGAAGCUCAAGAUAUUCUCAGGAAUCAUAAAUGUAAAGAUCCGAUAUGUGAUACGCACUUAUGGAAGGUUAAAAGAGAACUAGAUGUGGCUCAAUUAAGGAUUAAGCAAUUGGAAAAAGAAAUGGAAACACAUGGUAUCAAGCCUCCUCCACCUUGUAGGCGCCGUCAACGUCCUAGCACCUGCAACUGUUUCACAUCCUGUCUGGAAUCUUCCGAGUCACUCGAUGUCAUUGUUUCCGGUGAACAAGCAAGGGCUAGAUUGAGAAAUAUAAAUCCAAUGGCUCGAGGCAGUGAUACAGACUUAUUUGGCCCAAGAACGGAAAUAGCUGAAAUGGAAACUGUGCUGUGAUCGAAAGAAUCUUUACAAGAAUUACCAACACCAAGAAUCAGCGAAUUGGUUGAGAACCAUUUUUCCUUCGAUAUAAGAAAAUAAAGAAAAUUAUGCUCAUGAAAUACAUUAUUACUUAAUGUCCAAUCGAUAUUGCUCAUUUCACUGAAAAUCUAAUGUUGAGAUAAAUUUAGUAGAUGUUUACCAUUUAAACAUAUCCUUAUAUGCAACCAAAUCAAACUAAAAUUGCUCUUGAUUUUCUACCUUUGGGAAUACUUCGAAUAUUCGAGGUGUUUUGAAAUUAUUGUUACAAAAUAUUGCUAUCGGACUGGAAACUGAUUUUUCUCCAUUACAUUUUAAGCAAGAUUUAUUUUUCUUAAGCAGCUAUACUUCAAUCUCAAAUGGAUAGAGAUAAUUUACUUACAGUUACAGUGCAAUUCAUUCCUGUUCUGUCAAAUAAACAAAUAUAUCAAAAUUAUCCGAAAAGGUGUUUCUAUAAAGUAUUCAAAAGCACUCAUCUUGAGAAUUUAUGAACUAACGUCCUCUCAAUUUUAGUAGUUUAACCAGGGAUUUGUGUUGAGCUUAAAAUCAAAAACAUCUUGUUAUAUGAGGAUUCUUGAAUGAAAUUUUCAGUCCGUUUCCUAAAUCUUCUGGACUGUUUAACUCUCUUGAAACUUUGUACAGAGCUACUGCAAUAACAAAAGGCAACUACAAGAGUGCCAAAAAUCCCUGCACAUCUUUGUAAAAUAUAUUUCCAUUGGUCCAUGUCAACUAAAGAAAUAUAUUUAUAUGAAGGAUGUAAUUUAAGUUGUGGAGCACUUCCAUUUUCAACAAGAUUAUGUCACAGUUCAAAGCUUAGAUUAUAAUAGUAGUCUUUGUGAAAAGGAAGUGUCUUUUGAUGUGUUGUAAAUGAAUAUUUUUUAACAUUCCAUGAAUUAAGACGAAAUCUGAUACAGAAUAUAGCAAUACACUUAUAUUGACAGAGAUUCUUCUCGAAAAAAAAAGUAGGGACAAUAGAUUUUCAGGAAAUAAUUUUAAAUAAAAAGAAUGAGAACUAGUAAGGUGUAUUUUUUAUUGCCUGAGGAUAAAAUAAACUCUUAUGAUUACGGUGCAUUGUUAAUUAGUUUACAGUGAUUACUGAUAAAUUUUUGUGUCUCUCAAUUAUAUGUUUUUAAACUUCUAUACAGGGUAGAUCAACAGCAAUAUUAUCACCCUCAUGAUAAACUAUUUCCAAGUCUAUGUGUUAAAGAUAAUAAGUUUGAUAGAACAGUCGACCUAAAGACAAACUAUUAUAUGUUUUAAUAAAUCUUUCAUAGAAUCAAACCGUCUUUGUCUUAAAAAACGGUUUUAUUCAAAAAAACUGCUCUUUAGAAACUCUCUUUCUCAAAAACAAACCGACAUUUAUCUUUAGAAACUUCAUCUUUCAAAAACAAAUCAUCAUUUGUCUACAGAUACUGUUUCUUUCAAAAACAAACCGACAGUUGUUUUUGAAUAUUGUCUUUUACAGGGUCAAACCGACAUUUGUCUUAAGUAAAUGUCUUUGAAGUUAAUUCCGUUGAAAAAUUUUUCAGACAUAUAGGAUUCCAGAGAUGGCCCUUGUUGAAAUUUAGUAACUUUCUAUUUCAAAGUUUGUUGAAUUUGAGAAUAAAACUACAAUAUUAUUAUUUUUCUAAUAACUCAAAAGAUUUUAAUUCUAUUUUGAAAAGAGUGAAAAGAGUUGAAUAGGAUUUUUACAUCUAGUUUUCUUGUGUUUCUUUAAAAACAUAUUCUAAAAGUUUUUAUGAUUCUUUAUGUGGAAAGGGUUGAUUUGGUGGAUCAUAUAUUGACAUAAGGCCACUUUACAUGAGAUAAGGUUAAAUUAUUACUCGUUGUUAUACAAGGCUCUUGCCAUUGCCUCACAGCUGCCACUAACCAAAAUCCUCCUAAACAAUAAGAAAAUUUUAUGUCAAAUGUAUUCAAUGAAUCAGCUGAUCUGACUAAUAUUUGUUUGGUUGUUAAUCCUAUUUCUAUUCUAACUUUUAUGCAUUAAAAAUGACAUGAAAUCAAUAAAGAUGCAAGUGCAAGAUCUUGCAAAAAUCAAUCAGCAAAACUCCAUUUUUUGCCACCUCUUGCAUUGUCUUUUACAUUGUCUUGCUCCAUUUAAAACGGCCUUAAUAAAAACAGCUGUUGUAGAUCAAUGAACUUGACCUAUAUUAUUAACAGAAACUAUAAAUUUAGAUUUUACAGUUAAUGAUUAUGUUAAUUUUAAUUUAUAAUAACAAGGAAUAUUUUAUUCUAUCUUGUAAUAAAUAUUUACUGGAAAAAUGGUGUAUCAAAUUUCAUAACACUAAAACUGCCAAAAAUAAAUAUUAUUUGUAUGAUUUUAAUUUUGUUGUUAAAUUGUUGAUCAUCCCUGUAUAUUUUCCAGCCGAAAAGCAAUAAACUAUUUUUAUUAUCAUAUAAGAAUAUUUGUGGCGAUAGAUUAAGCAAUGGGUGUCAAUCGAUUGUUUGAUGUUGAUUAAAUUCAUAUUAUCCUGUAGAAUCAAUUUCCAAAAUUGUCAGUGAAUGUAGUUAUAUGUAAUUCAAAUACAUAAAUUCAAAUAUUUUACCUAAAAAAUACGGCAUUUUAAUGAAAACGUACAGUUGAGAAUAAAUAAAUUAGCCUCAAUCCAACAUAAUUAAUUUCCAUGAAUUUAAAGCUACGUUUUUGACAAAUCUAGCUGCUAUUCCACUACAACGUCGGUUUUGGUAUUUUAAAAAUGAUAUGAUACGUCUACAUCGUUGAAGGGCUACCAUGUUUCGAUAAAAGUCUUUUAAAAUCCAUUAGGUCGAAGUUUCAUCGAGGCGAUCGCGAAAAGUGAUCAUGAUGCUCGCGAUUAACAGGUGUAAUAUACCCUCGGUGUAAUGUGUAAUUCAUCAGCUUUAUCCAUGGAUCUAAUUCAAAAUCGAUUCCGCAUCAGUUGGUGACCAUAUCAGGAUGCGCAAUCGAACCUUUAGCUCCCCAGCAAAAACUUUAGAACCGUUAUAACUGAUUCAUCAAUUAUAACGGAUGAUGUGACUCAUAAACAAAGAAUUGUUACUAAAAAUUCAGAACUGAGCUAACUAACAAGGAUUCUUCCACGGGUGAAUUUCACUAAGCACUCAAAACAAUCACGUUCACGACCACGAUCUUUCCUUUUUCGUUUAGUCCAUAGCGUUAUAGUCGUAAACUUACGGUGAACAGAUUAUGAAGCGUUUAGAUCGUCAAGGUACAUAAUAACAAAAGCAAAACAAAAAAUGAAGCAAAAGCUUUAAGGGGUUUCUUGUCAUCAAAGUUUUUAGUGGAGGAUUUAACUAAUUUACAUUAUAGUUUCAUCUGGCUUCUGCGGAGAUAGUAAAAUAUUUGGUGGUGUGGUACGUCACAAGAAAGUACUAACAAUAUCCCUUACCGCAGUGAAUAAUGAGAUUCUCAUGGUUGCCAUUUUUGUUGCAUGGGAUUUGAAAAUUGUUUUGAAGCUCACUUCGACACAUUUCAUGACAUGGAUCGUCGUGAGCGUUAGUCUUGAGGUCAUUAGUGACGUUCUUACCUCGACCACAAUGAUCGGUAAUACCAUGUAGAAUGCCCAAAAGUAUUUCAGAAGCUGUGAACGAUUAGGGUAAUGCACCACACAAAGAAUGCUAGGUGAAUCGUAAUACUUUUCAUUAAAAGUUCUAAAUCUUUAGCCGAUCGAUGCAUUCCAAAAUGGUUAACUAUAAUCACUGUUACAUUGAUUGAACAGAUAAGUUGUUUUCUUUUUCCUCCCAUUUAUACUUGUAAUGGCAUUAUUCGUUUAAUCAAAAUGUUAUUCGACUGGAAAUGGACUAUUUUAUUUCGAUUUAGUCCAACUUGAAUCAAAUGUAGAUAAGUGAAAAAAUUAUAUACGUAAAGCUCGAAAGUUAAACAGACCGUCACUUGUAUAUAAUAUUAUAUGUUAAAAAUAAAAUAAAAUCUAAUUGUCAAAAAACGGUAAUCAUAAACUAAGAUAAUGUUUAAAACAUAAUCAUAUAAAAUAUGUGUCUGAGUAACUUUCACAUGAUUUACAUUGUUGUUGCUGAAAUGUUGUUGCUGUUAUUGUUGAUGUUUUAAAGACACCGCUCUUCAUAUUGUAUUUUUAGUCGCAGAAAAUGGCUUAUUUUUAAUAGAAAUGUUGCCAAUAUAGUAGUGCACAUUUCACUAAUCACAUUUUCAAAAUAAAUUAAUGAAUAUGAAAUAUUCCUGUAUAUUAAAUUGAAAUUAAGCCAUUUUUAGGAUAAAUUAUUAUUAAUAAACUUACGUUAAAAGGCACGCACAUCAUAAUAAACAAUUGAUUUUUACUACUAGGUAUGUAAAUAAAUAACGUAUCUAAUACAUAUUUAUAAAUAAUUUAAGAGAACAUACAAAAUGUAUAAGUUAAAUAGAGACUAAUUUAAAUAUGUGUUUGAAUGGUCCGUAAAAAAUGGCUGUAAUAGGCCAGCAUUAAAAUAAACUUUUUUCCUAAUAAUUGAAUUAAUUAUUAACAACGACUGUAUUCACUAAUUUAUAAGUUAUUUCUAAUAUAUGUAAUAAUAAUAACAAGUUAUUAGGAAAAUAGUUGAUUAAAUUGUAAAAUUUCCAAGGUGUAACAAAAAUAAAAUAAAUUUUUCAAGUGUUA